AUGGCUUCAUCCAGCAGUAUCCUGUGUGAAGAUAUUCUCCAGUGUCCCAUCUGUCUGGAUGUGUUCACUGAUCCAGUCUCUACUCCGUGUGGACACAACUACUGUAUGAUCUGUCUCAAAGAGUUCUGGGACAGCAGUUCACACUGCCAGUGUCCAGUGUGUAAAACCAGAUUCCCAAAGAGACCUGAGUUAUGUGCGAAUACGUUCAUCUCUGCAUUUGCUGCUCCAUUUAAGAAGUCUUCUGAAGUUCCAGUGGGGAAAAACAUGCAAUCUCAGGUUCUCUGUGACAUCUGCUGUGAAAAGAAAUGUGCAGCUGUGAAGUCCUGCCUGAUCUGUAUGGCCUCUUACUGCAAGACUCACCUGGAACCUCAUGAAAGAGUUUCUUCAUUAAAGAAACACAAAAUGAUCGACCCUGUGGAGAACCUGGAGGACUACAUCUGUCAGAAACAUAAGAGACCCCUGGAGCUGUUCUGUAGAGACGACCAGACGUGUUUCUGUAAAUUCUGUACUGAGACAGAGCACAAAACACACAACACUGUUCCUCUAGAGGAGGAGAGCAGAGAGAAGAAGAUUCAGUUGGGAGAAACACAAGCAGAAGUUCAGCAGAUGAUCCAUGAGCGACUGAAGAAGAUUGAGGAAAUCAAACACGCUGUAAAACUUAAUGAAAAAACCAGAGAGAAGGAGAAAACAGACUUUGUGGAAAUCUUCAGUAAUCUGAUGAGCUGCAUUGAGAGAAGCCAGGCUGAGCUGUUUAAGGUGAUGGAGGAGAAGCAGAAAGCAGCAGAAAGGCAGGCUGAAGAGUUCAUUAAAGAGCUGGAGCAGGAAAUCACUGAGCUAAAGAGGAGAAACACUGAGCUGGAGCAGCUCUCACACACUGAGAAUCACCUCCAACUUCUACAGAUUUACCCGUCACUGUGCAGCCCUCCACACACCCAGGACUGGACUGAUCUCACAAUUAACACUCAUCUGAAUGUGGAGACUCUGAGGAGAGCUCUGUCUCAGCUUCAGGAAACUCUCAGAGAGGAAAUGGAGAAGAUUCCAGAGAUCAAACUGAAGAGAAUUCAACAAUAUGCAGUGGAUGUGACUCUGGAUCCUGAUACAGCUCAUCCUGACCUCAUCAUGUCUGAUGAUGGGAAACAAGUUACAUGUGGAGACAAGAGACAGAGACUCCCUGAUAAUCCAGAGAGGUUUGAUCACUGUGUCUGUGUAUUGGGAAAUGAGGGAUUCACCUCAGGGAGAUUUUACUAUGAGGUGCAGGUCAGAGGGAAGACUAAUUGGGAUUUAGGAGUGGUCAGAGAGUCUGCUUACAGGAAAGGAAAUAUUACAGCCAGUCCUGAGGAUGGAUAUUGGUCUCUGUGGCUGAGGAAUGAGACUGAAUAUGAGGCUCUGGACUCUCCUCCUGUCUCCCUCUCCUUGAAACAGGCUCCUCAGAAGGUGGGGGUGUUUGUGGAUUAUGAGGAGGGUUUGAUCUCCAUCUAUGAUGUUGAUUCAAAAUCUCAUAUCUACUCGUUCACUGGUCAGACUUUCACUGAGAAACUUUAUCCAUUUUUCAGCCCUUGUCUCAACGACGGAGGUAAAAAUUCAGCACCAUUGGUCAUCUGUCCCUGUAAUCAAAUCUAAUAUACGGU